CUGAUCCUAUUGCUAUGCGGAAGAAAUGAUAAGCCAGUCAUCGACAUCUUGCCCAACCAACCACCACCUUCCUUUCCACCUCCCUCUCUCGCCGGUUGGUGUCGGAGACCACCGAUAAUGGCCUACUCCGCCUCUUUUUCCUCCUCCGUCUGCUUCCAUUGCAGCCCAAGCCCACCAAGCCCAACCCCAACCCCAAAUUCCAUCCCCAGAUUCUCUCCCAGGCUCACGAGACCACCCUCCUUAACCACAACCAGGCCGCUCACUCUCCCACCUCCGGCAGCCCUUCCAACAGCCGUCGGUGACAUCGAUGGCACUUCCUUAGCUGUACUAGGCGGUGGCUCGGUGGCCGCACUGGCGGCGGUGCUUUCACUGACCGACCCGGAGAGGAGACGGAAGCUCCAAGCGGUAGAAGUGGGCGGUGGCGACAAGGAAGUGGUGAAGGAGUAUUUCAACAAUUCCGGGUUCCAGAGGUGGAAGAAGAUCUACGGAGACACAGACGACGUCAACAAGGUCCAAAAGGAUAUCAGGCUGGGCCACUCCAAGACCGUCGAGAAUGCGAUUUCGAUGUUGCUCGACGAAGGCCCAAUUACAGGACUCACAAUCUGCGACGCUGGCUGCGGCACCGGCUCUCUCUCUAUCCCUCUCGCAAAAGAAGGUGCCAUUGUCUCCGCCAGUGAUAUCUCUGCUGCUAUGGUUGCCGAGGCACAGAAACAGGCAGAAGAACAAUUAGAAGACAAAAAUGCAAUGCCAAACUUUGAAGUUAAAGAUUUAGAGAGCUUGGAUGGGAAAUAUGACACAGUGAUAUGCCUCGAUGUUCUAAUUCACUACCCACAGAGCAAGGCAGAUGGGAUGAUUGCCCACCUUGCUUCUUUGGCUCAGAACCGAUUGAUUCUGAGUUUUGCACCAAAAACGUUGUAUUAUGAUCUGUUGAAGAGGGUAGGGGAAUUGUUCCCUGGACCUUCUAAGGCAACCAGAGCUUAUCUCCAUGCAGAGGCAGACGUUGAGAGGGCUUUGAAGAAAGUUGGAUGGAGGAUAAGGAAAAGAGGCUUAAUCACUACGCAGUUUUACUUUUCAAGGCUUGUUGAGGCUGUACCUGCUUAAGCUGGGCAGGGUUUAGAGAUUAUUAUUUGAGUUUUGCUCUGAUCCACUUACUCUGAUUCUUGAUUCCAACUUGUUAGGAUAUUAAUGCCUUCAAUAUCAUGUAAAGCUGUUUUUUUUUUUUUUUCUUUUUUCUUGCAUUUAUUUAUGGAUUUUGGAGGUUGUAUAAUACUACUAUGUUGUUGUUGUCAACUUGCGAUUCAUUUUUGUGUUA